AUGUCCAAUGUUAAGAAUGAAUCUGUCAAUCUAAUUGACCGAAUACUAGCUACUGACAAGGCUGCUCAAGUCGGAGUUGUUGUGGCUGAUGAAUUGUCCGAUGAGGAAUAUGACUGGGACACUAUGGAGGAAGCUUUAAAUCAGAUUACUAUUAGUGCUGCGGCCGAACUGAAGGUUCUAAACGGUAGAGUUGAGUACCUCAAGUCUCAUCAGUGGCUCAUCAUUCCCUCUGGCUUAGGAAUUAAUCCUGUCACACCUGCCAUGGGUCGUUGCAAUCUCCAUUCUGAACUGAUUUCCAAAUAUUGGCAAAUGACACGAAUGUCAUAUGAUCGUAUGAAAGAGCUCAUGCAGCAAAACACUCCCGCUGCCACGCUGCUAGCUGAAAUCGCAACACUUGACUCUACACCUGGGACAUCACUCUUUGCUGACUGGGGUGUAGGUCUUGCUGGUGUGGUGGCUGAUCCGAAGAAUGUUGUUGAUAACGUUUACAAGUUUGUUAGUGAGAAAGCUCAGAUGAACUUUGAUGUACGUGAUAUGGGAAUUUUGAAUCUAGACAAUAUGUCUGUCACUGAUGCUGCUUGGAAGACUGUUAAUGAUGUUACUAGUGAUCGCUUGGAUUUGAAGAUAAAUGAAUAUUCUAUGCAACAACUCGUGGCACUGAAUCUUUUUCCUUGCUCGGGUUCGACUUUAGCUGCCUGGACUAGAGCUUAUGGGAUAGGUUGUGGUAUUAUGCCCCAUCCAACUUCAAAAAUGGAUAUACAGUAUAGCUGGACUAUUUCUUCUCCAAAGAAAGAGGAUGUGGAGGCUUGUAUGACUUGGGAGAAGCAUUCUGGAAAGUUGAUUAGUGUGAUUUGUUUGAAUGUUCUUGCAUUGUUUGGGCUGUUGCAUCUCAACAAGGAUAGAACUUUGUGCACUAAUGACGAUAAUAUGAACCGUGUUUGUACUUCCUGGCUCAAUACCCUUCAUACUAUUACAACAAAGACAAUGCAGAAUGAGAUUCUUAAGCAGAAAGAGGAGCUUUGUAGGAUUGCUGCUCUUCCAUUUGGACUAGCACAGACAUACUGGCUUGCACUGGUGCUUGGGAAGAGAACUGAUAUGUUGGCACCACAUUUGGCUUUGAGACUUGAUGUGUUGCCUCCGCCGGUGCAGAGGAUCAUGAUUGUUGAUUCAAGUCAGAGGGAUUGGGUGAAGUUUCCAGCGGGUCAGGAAGUUAAUAGUAUAUAUAAAAAGCAGAUUGAGUUAGUUAUGCAGGGUGUUGGAUUAGUAAGAGAUUGUCCUCCUGCUUAUUCUGAAUUUUAUAAGCUAUAUGGUUUGGCUGUACAAAGUGUUCUAAGCAGUGAAAUAACUGAAGCGGCAGAUACAUUGAUGCCAGCAGUAUGCGGUUAUGCUAAAUCAGGACACGGUGAUAAAGGUACAGCUCAGGCUAUGUGUGUUAAAACUGUGUGUAGGAAUAAUCGAGUAAUUACUGAAUGGUGGGUCAAGAAGUGGAGGAAGGACAUUGGUUCUAUGAAAAAAGAAGCAAGGAAAGCAUAUUAA